UUUUUUGGCAGUUGUGGUAGCAACAAGGAGACAAUUUCUUAAACAUUUUUCUUCCACAGCUUUCUUUACAAUAAUUGCUUAAAAAGAAGGUUUAUAUCAUUAUAAAUAAACCAAAUCACAUAAAAUUUAUUUAUUAAUAAAAAUAAUAUUCAAUAUAUUGUGAACGACAAUUCCACAAACAGAUAGAUUUGUGAAAAUUUUUGCGAAAAUUGGCGAAGAAGACAGGAACAAUCGAUUUUUUUGUAUUGACAGUUCCUUUUAGUAGGAGCAGUGUAGCAGUCCGGCUAAAGCGCCUGAAAACCAUACAUACCUUUUGUUUGUUAAAACUGCAGGAUACAAAAUUAUUAAACUGAAAUAAAAAAGUUAAUUUUUGAAGCGAUUAAGGCACUGGGUGUAUAACGCCACUUGAUGAACGCUGAGAAAGAGAAGCAAAAAGCCAUUGGCGACGAUACUUCAAGCAUCCAUGAAGAUUCGCCGACUGCAAGCCAUAUCGUGUCUAAUAGUUCAACAAGCAACAAUCAACAGGAACACCAGCAGCAACAAUCUCUGCAUUCGUUACAACACACCCGCACCACCAAUCCAGAUAUGAAAAGAUCUGCUGUGAAAGAACUUAUUGAACGCUACUUUUAUCAGCUACAGCGCGGUUGUGGUAAUCCAAAAUGUUCAAAUCAAAAUUGUGCUUCUAGCGGGCAGGUUGCGCCAAUGAAUCCAAAUGAAAUCGCCGCACGAGCCAUACAACUGUUUUCGCAAGACGCAAAACUAUGCGAUUUCUAUAGUCAACCACCGAAGGUGCCGCGCACCCAAAAUGACUCACCGUCGAGUUCACAUUCGACCAGCUCUGCGGCCACAACACCCAGCAUUCAAGAUUCUGAAAUGCUUUCGCCUAACGAUAGCAGCACCAGCAGCACAAGUAGUACUACAAGCACAAGUAGCAGCAGCGGUAACAGCACCAUUACCUCCGGUAGUGCCAGUGUACGCAGUCAUACCAGUCAACAAAGCAAUAUGAGUAAUAUUGCACAUAUUGGUCUUAAUAGUGUUGGUGGCGUUGGCGGUGGAGGGGAUGCCGAUGUGGCUGUUGCCUCCUCAUCUGCAUCUAUCCUAAAUACACACAAUACAAGUGCGGCUGCUGCUGCUGCUGCAGCUGAGAUGUGUCAACUGGAAAUUCUCUGUAAUGCAGCCGAAGCCGCUGAGAUGGCUAUUGAUGAUAACGAUAUUACGAAAACACAAACUUCGAAUACAACCACAGAGGGUGAUAUGGAUGUGAGUGCGCCAGCGGCGCGUACUGCCUCUGGACCACCAACACCAACAUUUGCAGCAGUACCAUACCUCAAUGAGGCGCUGAUCGAUGAACUAUUGGAUGAAGGCAAAAAGUUCAACACUUACGAUCGGCUUUUACACGCCAUAAACGAAGUUUAUCCACACAUUGAACGGCUCAGUAAGAGUUUUCGUCGGCCCACACUUUGUGCACUGCCCACACAACUGACGUCUAGUGCGACCGCUACAAAACUGCAGGAAUUGCUGGGUAAAUCGCCGACAGAUCUAAAAAAAGAGGACUUACGUACACUUGAGGGUGAAACUGAUAAAGAUGAGGAUAGUACAUGUGUUGCGGCCGAAGAUGAAGUUGCGACGAACAGUGAACAACAACCCGUACCACAAGUGUGUAUCGACUGCGAUGAUGUGCCAAUGGAAGAAGAUGGUGGCGCAACAGAUGGAUUUACAGCAACAGCAGCCGGUGCAGCGGCUGACAACGAGACGACCUUACAGUCAAGUAGCAAUGAAACAUUAGUAGACUUGGAGAGUUUGCGACGUGUUAAGAAGAAAUUAUUCGCUUUGAAUAAUACAAGCAUUGGUGAGGCGUUGAAUAGCAACAUAAUACUGCUGGCGGAAAGUAUACGCUAUGGACGUGAAACGGACUGGGAAAAAGUGCUACACUGUCUGGUUAUUUGCUUUGAUAUGGCGACAAAUACUUCCAAUAGUUUCGCCGAUUUGGAAUAUUUAGAACGUUCGUUGCCGAAGCUCUGUCAUGCUACACGCAUAUUACCAGUAGCAGCUCAGGCGCGUUUGGGCCGCAUAUGGGCGGCGCAUUGCAAGGAUCAAAUGCAAUCACUGGUACAGUGUUGUCAACAAUUGAUUACCUUACAGGUAAUACUGGACGAAGAUACAGUGCAGGAAAAUACCGAUGUGAUUGCGGUAACGCGUGUGCUCAAGAUUGCUUUCUACGCCAAUAUCUUAGCCGGCGAGUUGGAUACCAGCUCAAUUAAUGCUCAUAGUCAAACGGCCAACGCUGCCGACGAUGAUGCAUCUUCAAAUGCGGAUACCACCAACGAUGAUGAUGAUAUCUUCUUCUAUACUCAAGUACCUAAACCGCAUUAUCCAAAAUUCGCGGAAGACGAGUUGGAGAAAGAGUUGGGUGUAUCGAGUAUGGACUGUCGUGUGCCGUUGGUGCCAUUUGAGGAGUUCUACAAUGAACCGUUAAGCGAUGCCAUACAAAUGGAUCGCGAUUAUUUAUCAUAUAGAAAUAUGAUUUUAUCAUUGAAUCCCAGUAGUGAUGAUUUACAUUUUUCCUUUAUGCUGUAUUCAUUCAUCUUAACACCCGCGACAAAAGUGAUUGCGCUCUACUAUGACAGCCGCAUACGCAUGUAUAGUGAACGCAAUUCAUCACUGUAUUCCUUAUUGAAUUCAUUUUCUGAUGGCAAUGAGGUUGGCGCAAGACCAGACUUGAAAUUGAAAGUACGACGUGAUAAUAUUAUAGACGAUGCGCUCAUUGGUCUUGAGUUAGUGGCCAUGAGCAAUCCAAAAGACUUAAAGAAACAGUUGGUCGUGGAGUUCGUUGGUGAACAGGGUAUUGACGAAGGUGGCGUUUCCAAAGAAUUUUUCCAGUUGAUUGUCGAAGAGAUCUUCAAUCCGGACUAUGGCAUGUUUGUGCAUCAAGAGGAUACCAACACUGUGUGGUUUAAUUCAGCACCAUUCGAGAAUGAGGCUCAAUUCACGCUGAUUGGCAUUAUAUUAGGUUUAGCAAUUUACAAUAACAUCAUACUGGCUGUGAAUUUCCCCAUGGUCGUCUAUCGUAAAUUAAUGGGCGGCAUUGGUACAUUUUACGAUUUGAAAUAUUGGAAUCCAACAUUGUAUAGAAGUCUGAAAUCGUUACUCGACUAUCAGGAGUCCGAUAUGGAGGAGGUUUUCAUGCAAACCUUCAAAAUUAGUUAUAACGACGUGUUUGGUGAGGUUGUCGAACAUGAGUUGAAAACGGGUGGUGGUGAUAUACUGGUGGGUCAACACAAUAAGCAGGAGUUCGUUGAUAUGUACAGCGAUUAUUUGCUCAACAAGAGUAUUGAACGACAAUUUAGGGCUUUCAAGAAAGGUUUCGAAAUGGUAACGGAUGAGUCGCCAUUGAAAUUGCUGUUUCGUCCGGAGGAAAUUGAGUUGCUCGUAUGCGGUAGUAGGAAAUUCGACUUUGUUGAAUUGGAAAAAUCGACUGAAUACGAGGGUGGUUACACAAAGGACUCGCAAGUAAUCAAAGACUUCUGGAGUGUUGUACACUCUAUGCCCGAAGAGUCUAAGCGCAAAUUACUCGAAUUCACAACUGGCUCAGAUCGUGUGCCUGUCGGUGGUCUAAGCCGCCUGAAGCUACUAAUAACACGGCACGGUCCCGACAGCGAUCGCCUGCCCACCUCGCAUACAUGCUUUAAUGUCUUAUUGCUGCCAGAGUACAGCAAUCGAGAGAAGUUGGAGGAACGUCUGCUGAAGGCGAUUAACUACUCCAAAGGUUUUGGCAUGUUGUAAACUGCUGCUUUCAAUUAACAACUAAAUAUUCCCAUAUCCAUGAGUAUUGAACGACACGACACCAAAUGGAGAUAUGCUACAGCGUAACGGAAGCGUGAAUAUAUAUGUGUGUGUAUGAGCAACACAAGCGCAACGAAUGCUGUUUUAACUAAUUCUCGUUUCUAUUUUGUUUAUUUCUUUUUGAAGCAUAUGUUUUACAAAUAAUUGAUUUUUUGUGCUCUACGAGUUACUGAAGACUUGUCUUUAUUUCAAGUAUAUCUAUAUAUAUUUUUUGUUUGUAUACACAGCCAACAUAUGAAUACACAUAUACAUACAUAUAUACAUAGACAUGUAAAAGACAUUUCUUUAAAUGAAGCGAGCAGUGAAUUAUUAAUAUACAAAAUCUUGUAGCUUCCUUACAAAUGCGCGCUGGUAGAAAAAAGCGUUAAUAAUUUAAUUUUUUCGCUAUCAAAAAAAACGCAUAUUUUUACUUGCAAGUUAAAUAAUAUAUAAACUUAAAGAAUUCAAUAUAUUUUUUUUUCAUAAUUUUCUCAAUGCAACAUUGAGUACAGCUGAUAAGAAACAUAAAUAAUUUUAUAUACAUAAUAAUAAUUUUAAUAAAAACAACACGAGUGCCACCCAAAACAAUUCACUCACUACGACAUGAGUCGUAACAUAACAAGAAACCACAUACAUUUAUUUUCGUUUGUAUAUGUAUAUAUAUAAAAGAAAGUUAUUUUUUAAAUCGA